AUGGCUCUCAAGUCUGUCAAAUUGCUUUUUCUUGUCAUAACUUGUUUUAUGGUGAUUUCCUGCUCAUCAUCAGCAAGAAAGAUACUGCCAAGAAACCUUUCUGGAUCAGAUGAUCAAUCCAUUUCCAAGCUUAACACCCGGCCUGAGACCAAUAAUGGAAGUGUGCUAGAUUGCUGGAAUGCCCUGUCAGAGAUAAAAUCAUGCACAGAUGAGAUUGCUGCUUACUUCACAAAUGGCACAACUGAUAUUGGACCAGGAUGCUGCCAUGCCAUCAUUGUGAUUACACACAAUUGCUGGCCUACAAUCUUGUCUGCACUUGGUUUUUCAGCGGAUCAGACCUAUAUCCUUCGAGGCUAUUGUGAUGCAUCACUUUCCUCCUUUGGACCAGCUCAAGCUCCAUCAGCAUGA